AUGGAAACACUGGACAAACAUAAAUUUUUGCUGCCUAAGUCCUCCUCGGUGUAUCCAUCCAACUCAGGUGAUGACUACAGCAGGGAUCCGGCUGGAUACACCCCCUCAAAACCUCCCAGCACUGUAUACCCCGGAGCCUUCUAUAUGGCAGACGGGCUCCACAACUCGCCAGACCUGUGGAGCUCCCCCGGUGCCAUGAGCCAGUCCAGCUACGGGGCCAUGCUGGGCAGUUCCUCCUCCCCUCUCCCGCAGUCCACCAGCUUCAACAGUUUACAUCAGCACGAACGCAUGAACUACCAGCUGCAUUCAGGAGAGGUGAAUGGUGGGCUGCCCUCCGUGUCAGGCUUCUCCUCUGCCUCCACCCCGUACGGCGUCUCCAGCCACACGCCGCCGAUCAGUGGGACCGACACCAUGAUGGGUAACAGAGGAACCACGGCUGGGAGCUCGGGAGACGCUCUUGGGAAGGCACUAGCUUCAAUUUAUUCCCCAGAUCACUCUAGCAAUAACUUCUCAUCAAACCCCUCCACACCGGUCGGCUCCCCGCAGGGCCUUGCAGGCACAUCCCAGUGGUCUCGAGCGGGCGGACAGGGUGCCUUAUCUCCCAGCUACGAAGGGAGCCUCCACACUUUACAAAACAAAAUGGAAGACAGGUUGGACGAAGCCAUCCACGUGCUGAGGAAUCACGCCGUGGGCCAGACGGCCGCCAUGCCAAGCAACCACGGGGACAUGCAUGGGCUGCUGGGCUCUGCACCCGCACACAGUGCUGCUGUGGGCAGCCUGGGCCAGGCCUUCCCUGCCUCUGUCAUGUCCCUGGGAGGUCGACACCCCAGCCUGGUGGGAGGAGGUCACCCUGAAGACGGGCUGUCCAGCACCCCCAGCAUGCUCCACAACCAUGUCACACUUCCAUCACAGCCCAGCUCACUCCCCGACCUCAACAGGCAGCAGGACACGUACAGUGGCUUGUCAGGGGGGCUGGGGCGAAGCAGCGUCUCCUCGGGAACCAACGAGAUAAAGAGGGAAGAGAAGGAGGAUGAGGAGAACACAUCAGUGGCAGAUAACUCUGAAGAGGAGAAGAAGGAGCUGAAACCCUCCCGGAAUAGAACAAGGUGCUCUUUGAACAGUCAAGAUGAGGAUGAGGAGGACGAUCUUCUUCCCCCAGAGCAAAAAGCCGAGAGAGAGAGAGAAAGGAGGGUCGCCAAUAAUGCCCGUGAGCGCCUGCGGGUCCGGGACAUCAACGAGGCCUUUAAAGAGCUCGGACGCAUGUGCCAACUGCACCUAAACAGCGAAAAACCACAGACCAAACUGCUAAUCCUCCACCAGGCCGUAUCAGUCAUACUGAACCUGGAGCAACAAGUUAGAGGUCAGUGAGGGUCCCGGAGUGGUGAUAUUUUGACGUAUCUGAUCGGCACGGGGCUGUCUGUCUGUCUGUCUGUCUGUCUUCUGUGACGUGUGCUGUGGUGCCUUGCGCUCUCUCUCCCCUGUGCCCUUGCAUUCCCGAGGCUG